GUUGAAAUUAUUGGGCCAAUCGAAACACAGGAAACACAAACGUCGGCUUUAGGAGUGAGGUGGCUGCCUCUGCCAUAGAUGGUCUUGAAUGGAAGUAGAAAGUUACAUGUUAGAGACAUAUGGUACUAAACUUUAUCUAGAAUGAAUGGAACAGCCUACUCAAACUUUGACAAUCAGGAACACAUCCUCAAAUUGGGCGAGACGUUUGAGAAACAACCUAAAAGCGCAUUCCAUACGGUUCGAUAUGACUUCAAACCAGCCUCUAUUGACACAACAUGUGAGGGUGAGUUAGAGGUUGGCAAAGGGGAGCAGGUCACCAUCACACUGCCAAACCUUGAGGGAUCCACGGCUCCAGUGACCGUGUUCAAAGGCUCCAAGAGACCGUACAUGAAAGAAUGUAUUCUCAUAGUCAACCACGACACGGGCGAGUACCGCCUAGAGAAGCUCAACAGCAACAUCGCCGUGAAGAAGACCAGGGCGGAGGGCAGCAGUAAGAUCCAAUCUCGUCUGGACCAGCAGACAAGCCGUCUCAGCCAGCAGCUGAAGCCUGCUGGGCCCAGCAGCAAAGCCUCCUCCAGCUCCAAGAGCUCCUCCCCGCCGAAAGAGAAGCUCUCCCCCGCCUCCCCCAUGGACGACAUCGAGAGAGAGUUGAUGGCAGAGGCGCGUGUGAUGGACCAGAUGAGCAGCGGCGACAGCUCCUCAGACUCCCGAAGCUCCUCCUCCAGCAGUGACAGCUCUAGCUCCAGCGACAGCGACGAGGAUGAGGCCCGUAGAGCCCCUCCCCCGCCCCCGGCCGCGCCCCCCGCCGCACCCCCACACCACGGCAUGCCCAUCCUCACCACCACCACCACUUCCUCUUCCUCUUCCUCUCACCCCCGACCCGAGGAGGGCGGCGGCGGCAGCGGAGGAGGAGGUGGAGGCGGAGAUGGAGGAGGAGGAGGAGGAGGAGGAGGAGGAGGACAUCUCAUGAGCACACUCAAAAACGACCUGCAGCUGAGCGAGUCGGGCAGUGAGAGUGACGAUGACUGAGUGUCCAGGCACGGACCGAGGAAGCCCACUGCCUGCAGUAUGAAGCCAAUGUGUCAGAUAACAGCUGGCUCUGUGCCUGAUCGACCAGGGCGGUAUUCCAAGUAUGUGGUUUAGUCACAAAUCUAGGUGAGUUCUAGAGCAAGUGGUAAACCCUCUUAGUGGAAAAGCCCUAUGGCUUCAUUCUCCUAGCAAAAGAAAGCCGUAGGGCUCUUCUGUUAGGAGGUUUAAUAGUUAUUCUGAGUUAAUUUAUCUGGGUUAGUCACUAAACCACGUACUUGGGAUACCCCCCAGGAUCUCGUUUAGAGUCAGCUGUUAUCUCGGAUGCAGGAGGGGACAACCCGCUCGCUGUGUCAAGUUUCCAUGGGAAACUCUUCUCUGUAGCCAGGAAUGGGGAAAAUUGCCCACCUGUGUAUUGUUUUUUUUUUUUUUCUUUCUCAACGCAUCAGUAUUUAUUUUGUGAAACAUGUUUUGAAUCCUUAGAUUAGACUGAUAAAAGAAAAGUUAUGAUGAAUUCCUAUCAGAGAACGGCAAAGUUUAAUUUUGUUCAAGAGCUCAACCGUCGACAUAGACACUAGUUUUAAUGAAAUUCCCCCCGUUGGUGUUAAACAUCGUCUUUAGCGCCGAACCUAAUCUAAUCUAAUUUGGUAGGCAGUUUUCUUCAGUUUUUAGAUAUAGGUGCUAUUACACCAGAAUACAUUUGUGAGUUUAUCAUCUCAAUGAAGGUAUGAGUAGAAAAGUAGCUUGACUAGGCUGGUCGCAGUCAUCUUAAAGUAAUUUAUUGUUAGAGGUGUGUGUGGCCAAGCUCAAUGUAGUGCCAGAUAAUCUAGCAAACAUAUCAAGGCUUGCCUUUGAAAGAAACCAACAUGUUUACUUGAAAUUGAUUAAUUUAUGAUUUAAAAAAUGAAUUUCAUAUACACACAAAAUCUUAAUUUCAUAUUCAGUUCACGGCCGUGAACUUGUCGAUUUAUCGUGAAGACCACGCUUCGCCGCCUUAAACCUGCAAUACUUGAAUGUGUCUGUCUUACUGUGGUGACCUGCGGUUCUGAAACCUUCAAAAGACCAACAUGCUGCUGUUCGGUUUAUCCCAUAGAUCUCCUCUGGCUUGCCGUAGUAGAGAGGAAAUUUCUCUACUGUCAUGGUCAGAAAUAUGUAAAGUUGCUGCAAGUUCAUUGCAAUGCACCUCAAUACCUUUUAAAUCCCCCCUCUCUUUUUCACUGCCUUUCUUACUUUCUCUCUCUCUCUUACUGCCUCUCUCUAUCUCACUGCCUCUCUCUCUCUCUCUCACACUGCCUCUCUCUCUCUCACUGCCU